UCGGUUCCCUUCCCAACCCACAAUCUGACAUUAAUUCUCAGAUAUGGAAGAUGAAGAGAAAGCGAGCCUGGCUCACUCCAUGCGAGAGGACCCGGGAGCCAGACUCUUUCCGUGCUUGUUCUGCUCUAGGAAGUUCUACAGCUCCCAGGCGCUGGGAGGCCACCAGAAUGCGCACAAGAAAGAGAGGACGCAAGCGAGAAAGGCCAAAAGGGCGUCCGAGUUCCUAGCCAGGAACUUCUCCCCCGCCACCCCGCCGCUGAUCCUCUCUCAGAGCCAUCACGUGGGAGGAUUCCUGAGUCCUUCCCUCUGCGUUUCCGCCCACCCCCAUUAUUUGCCCGCUCACCACACGGUGCCUUCGGACAUGUUCGGAUCCGACGCCGCCCCUAGGUUCGACGCUGGCGGUCCCGUGUACGGCGGCGGGGUUUGGUCUGGCAACGGCAUAUUUUGUCCCGAAGACGGCGACCCGAGCUUGCUCGACUGGCGAAGGAGCGUCGUGAUGUGCAAUGGCAUCGACGGAGGUAUUCUCUCCCGUCACGAAGCGCAUCAAGAUCAGGCCUUUGAGGCUGGCGAUAAGGACGAAAGUAAAAAACUUGAUCUGUCUCUCCACCUGUAGGAUGAUGCUCUACAAGCGAUUUCUUUGGCAGUGGAGACAAAUUUUGGCGGAUUCAAUUUUUUUUUUUUUUUAUCUUUUCAAUUCAAGGUAUGCUUUAGUUUGUCGAGAGAGGUCUAGGAGUUGGGUUGGGUCUCCAUUUUGUUUUUUUUUUUUUUUUUUUUUGGAAGAAAUAAGUCGUUGACCUACUCCUCCAUGCAAAGAACAUAGUUCAGUUGACUUCUGUACUUUCAA